AUGCCACUUAAAAGGACUCCUCCACCGCAACAGCCGAAGUCGGAUACGAAUCAGAGUUCAGCUGCUGCUACGGCCACAGAUACCGAUAAUGAUAGCUCUAGUAAUGUUGCUAGCCGACCUCGUGGCCGUAAGCGCCAACAUGAUGACGAGGUAUAUGCUUUUAUGUCGGAUAUGAAACAAUCUUUUGAUACCCUCAAAAAUCAACAAGUUAAAAUUCUAAGUAGUAUUAGUGACAUCCAGAAACAAAAUGGGGAUAUUAUUAAAUCCAUGGACUUUAUCUCAAAACAGUAUGAUGAAAUCAAAGAUCGAUUGUGUAAAAUGGAAACCGAAAGAAAAACGCAUUUAGCCUAUAUUCAGACCCUUGAAUUAAAAGUGGAGAAUCUCGAGAGAUUUCAAAAACAGGCAAGUAUUGAGAUAAAGAAUAUCCCUGUCAAACAUAAUGAGACUAAAGAUGACUUGUUACAGAUAGUAAAAAAAGUUGGUCUAGUUACUAACACCCAUAUUGAGGACUCUCUCAUUCGCGAUGUAUUUCGCUUGAAUGAAGAUAAACGGGGGAACAGGCCGAUAAUAGUAGACUUUUCAACUGCUAUUUUAAAAGAAAAGAUUUUAACAUCCGUCAAAAAUUAUAACCGGAUUAAUAAUACUAAAAAACUAAACACAGGAGAUAUACAAUUUGAAGGACUCGCAAAGCCAAUUUUCGUAACCGAAUGUCUGACUCAAAAAGCAAAAAAACUAUACUACCUCGCUCCAGAGUUUAGUAAAAGGAACUCCUAUGCCUACUGCUGGACUGCUCACGGGAAAGUUUUCAUCCGUAAAAAAGAAGGUGCUCCAUCACAUCGGAUUGAUUCGGAAAAUGAACUAAACCAAUUGCAGUCGCAAUCUUCUUCGUGA